UCCAUUCAUAUGUCACUUUGUAAACAAAACAACAGACAUGGGAACGCCGCAACCUGCGUUCAUUUUCCCCCUAGUCAUAGGCUGCUUUACGGCAGUAACAUACGUAUUCUUUGUGAUAGUCUACACAGUGCAACCAAAAGCUUUUGUCGAUGAAAUUUUCCACAUACCUCAAGCGCAGAAAAUUUGUGACGGUAAUUUUCAUGAGUGGGAUGAUAAAAUAACUACACUCCCUGGUUUAUACCUAUUUUCCAUUGGACUAAAUGGACCUGUUUCUUGGAUUCUGGGGCGAAGACUUUGUGAUGUCUUUUCUCUACGAAUCACAAACUUGGUUGCAUCAGCAUUUAUGUUAUCUACUCUACACAAAUUGUUGGUGUACUUACAUGGAAAAAAGGUCGAUCACUGGAAACUGAUGUUAUCUGCUGUGAAUUUGUCUUUAUUACCUGUGAUGUACUGGUUCACAUUUUUGUACUACACAGAUGUGUUGUCUACUUUGGUUGUGUUUAUUAUGAUACUCCUGCAUCUUCACCGUGCUCCUAACGCUGCAGGAAUAAUGGGUGCAGUGGCUUUUAUCAUUCGACAGACAAAUAUUGUUUGGGUUGGAUUCAUGUUUGUCCUAUUAGCAUCAGAUGUUCUUGGUAUCAAGGUUCUAAAAUCCCCUAUCAUGACUUUCAGUGAUAUAAGGAUGUUGCUGAAAAAACUCAAGAAGACUGCUACAAAGCCCUAUCGUUUAGCAGAAGUUUUGACAGACCUUGUAUAUGAUACCUUAAGCUAUAGCAUUGUUUUGAUGUCAUUUAUUGCUUUUGUUUUGUACAAUGGUGGUAUUGUAGUUGGAGAUCGUAAAGCUCAUGAAGCAACUGUCCACCUUCCACAGUUAGGGUAUUUCUGUCUUUUCUUUUUGAUUUUUUCACUACCAUAUGCACCUAAUCAUGUACGGCCUUUCAUUAAAUUGUGUAAAGAUAAUCUUGCAUGUAGUGUGGCAGUAUUAGUGAUAGGUGUAAUGGUGAUCCACUCCAAUACACUUGUCCACCCGUAUCUUUUAGCUGAUAACAGGCACUAUACUUUCUAUUUAUGGAAUAGAUUUUAUGGCAAGUUUUCUAUUAUUAGAUACCUAAUGGUCCCUGUUUAUAUGUUUGGCGCAUAUAUGGUUCACACAAGUAUUCAGCGUUGUAAUUUCUUGUUCAAGGUUUUAUUUGUAGGGUGCCUUGUAGCUACAGUUGUUCCCCAAAAGCUUUUAGAGUUCAGAUACUUUAUCAUACCUUUCUUAAUGGCACGCAUACAAAAUGUCUCCAAAAACUGGUGGCAGCUUGGUAUAGAGACACUCUACUUUCUUUUCAUAAAUGCUGUGACACUUUACAUUUUUGUCAGUAAAACAUUUUAUUGGGAAGACAGUUCAGAACCUCAAAGAAUCAUAUGGUAGUCAUUGAAGUUAAAUUCUUUUUAGUGAAGUUGGUGACUUUUGGUAGGGGUUUAUUUGUAAAGUCCUUGUGCUUUUAGCUGCAAGGUCAGAACAUGAAUUUUACCUUUUCUGGUGUGGCAGUUGUAGGUGAGGAAAACAUUCAAAAGAAUAAUGCACAGUAAAGGCUCUGAAUGAUGUUUUUGUGUAAAUGUAUGUACGUGAGUUAUAACCUGCCAGUUGUGCAGAUCACUCUUUGUCACAUCACUGAAGCUUUUGCCCACAUCUCCUUGCCACCAAUGCUGGGAAUUUAACCCAUGUCAUCUUAUCAUGAAGUUCAAAAGCUGACCUCAGCAGUCAUCCUGGAUUUAAAUGUUUGAUAAUAUUUUUUUGCUCAGAAUUUUCCAUAAAGGAGGAAAAUGUUUUUAUGAGAAUGAAAUUCUGUCUCGAAAUCUAUUAUUUAUAGCUUCUUCAAUUGCUUUAUGUUGAUAUGUACUUUAUUGUAGAUAAAUUUACAAAUAUUAUAGAACCUGAAUGUUUUUAUUGUGAAUUAAAGUUCUGUGUUUUUAAAGUAGAGUGCAUAGGUUUCCUGCCUUUUGUGAAAGAAUGAAUGAUUCGUAAUUUACAAUUAAGAUAUCCUUUAAAGCAGUUCUUGAACAUAUUUUGUCCUUACUUUACAAGAAAAAGCAUAAGAAAUUUGACACAGGGUGUCAUCUGUCUUGGCUUAAGUGUGUUGCUCUUAGUAACAUUAGUUAUUUUAUAAAGAACUUAAUCUUGUAAGUGUCCUGUACUGAUAUGUCCUAAUCAACAGAUUUUAUAAAUGCACGUGUGUUCAUGUGGGGAAAACCCUGUUCAUGCACUUUACUAAUGCCACGAUUGCCUGUCUUGUGAAGAGACAGCUCUGAAUUCAACUUCUAACUGGCAACACAGUUUCUAGAUGACAUUUGCAAGUAUCUGGCUUUUAUAUUUGUACUGUCAUAGUCACUUUCAUCAGAUUUAGUGUUUGUGAGUGUGUCUGAUGUUAUGGUAAUGAUUUUGCAAAUGUAUACAUUUUGCUACGGGCAUUCAAGUAGUUGCUCGGAGAGAGAGUUUUUUAUUCUACUAUUUAUGUGUGGGCAUGUCUUUCAUUGGUUUAGAGCACUGUAAUUUUUUUGUGUGUAUCAGCAACUGGAUCCCAUAGUCUGUUGGGACAGCAAUAGAAUCCCAUUCAAAGCAAAUUAUAUUUCUAUUUAUAUUUGCUUUUGUAUCUUCUCAGUCCAACAGUCGUGAAUCCAAAAAGUUUGAAGUACUUGACAAGAUGUCCAAGGUUAUGGGAAAGUCAGCUGUGGGGUAUAUCAAGUAUCCAUUAGUCAUGUGACAAAAGGGGCUUAUGUAAACAGUUGAAAGUUGGAUGAUAAAUGUUUUUGUUCUUUGUUAUGUUUUAGCAGAAGUAACUCGCAUGAGAGAAUGGCAAGUAGUGAGGUUGCCAUUUCUACUAAACUUUAUUUAUCACCAAGACAUAAGUAAUAGGAAGACUAAUAAGAUAAUAAUGUUUGUUGUUCAUCUGCUGAUGAAUCUCUUAUUUAGCUCAUAUUUAUUUACCUCAAACAUGUGAAAAAAAUGGAAGGUAGAACCAACAUAGUUUUUAAUCCACAAACAGUUCUUACUGCACCAAAGGUGUUAGUUCAGUGCAGGGCAGUAUAAAACUUGUUGGAUGCAGUGCUGUAUAGUUUGGUGCAGUAAAAAAAUGGGUGGAUGGAGUAAAAAAACACUUGGUUGUUGUGUGGGUCCAGUACUAUAAAACUUGAUUGGUGGGUGGGUGCAAUAUAAAACUUGGUUGGUAUGUGGGUGUAGUAUAAAAUUAGAUUGGUGCAUGGGUGCGAUAUAAAACUUGGUUGGUAUGUGGUUGUAGUAUAAAACUUGAUUGGUGUGUGGAUGCAAGAUAAAACUGGUGCAAUAUAAACCUUGAUUGGUGCAUGGGUGCAAUAUAAAACUUGGUUGGUAUGUGGAUGCAGUAUACAACUUGAUUGGUGCAUGGGUGCAAUAUAGUUUGGUGCAGUAAAAAAACUUGGUGUCAUUUAUAUUUACGUACUUAAAAUACAUUAUGAUGUGACAAAAAUUAAUACCUCCAAAUAUUAAAUAGUAUUUGUAAUUAUGGAAUGAUGUCGAAUGAAAAACUGAACUGGUUGCAGAAAAAUAGAAAUACUGUCAACGAUAAAUUAACAAAAAGUGUAGGUACUGUAGAAUACCUAAAGACGUAUAUAGAAUAUUACAAAUUAAUAUGGGGGACCAACACUGGUAAAGAGUGGGGAAUAGGUAUAUUUCGUGUGGAUUGUUUGAAGAUGAUGACAUUGUGGCAAUUUGAAAAUAAACUUUUAGGGCAUGUCAAGUACCUUGUAUAUAUAGCAUAUGACGCAGCUAAGUUUGCUUCCGUGGGUAAAGGCGAGCAAUACUCCAGCUGAAUGGUAAACUGCAAAUUUUAAGGAUAAAGUGCAGACAAUUUUCACCUAGUUGACGAAUGGAAUGCAUCCAAAGUUUGCCACAGGUGCCAACAGCCUCUGGAUAUUGUGGGAUGUGCAAGUAGACACAAGACUACAGAUGACAACACCACCAUUAGGUAGCUGCACCCUUAACACUGCAUUUAAAAAGAAAUGUUUCAUUUUAGAAAUCAUGUGAUUCAUUAAUACGCCUCUGUCAUCUUUAAUUUAGCUUGUGUUACUGCCUAGAAUGGAUGAACUGUCUGUUGACUUUAUAAAGGAGUUUUAAAGACGAUAUAUAUGUGAAGUAUGAACAUUAACCCUGGAUACCAAAUAUUAAUUUGAUAAUGAUUGCAGUAAAUAUCAAAUCAGGAUGACUUAGGAGUCAUUGCCCUCCCUCAGGUUGAUUAUUUGUAUGAAUAUAAAAAUAAACAAUCAUUUGCUUCAUAAAUGCAAAUGUGUUGCCUCAGUGAGUGUCACUACUUUUAGCUGCACCUAUUGAUUACCAUAAGGUUCUGUACUGUAGGAGUAAUGUGUGAGCAGCAACAAGUAAGGAGGAGUCUCUCUUCAUUGAAGAUCUUGUCUGCCUUCUUCUUUUUUUUUUUUUUGCUAGUUUAAAAUGGGGAUUCUGGGCUUGGUCUUUUUACUUGAUCAGCAGUUAUGUCAUUAGUUGGGUAAGAAGUUUUUACAAGUGAAUAUUUUUAUUAUAAGUAAAAGCAGUAUACGUACUAUAAAGUAAAUUAUUACUUUCAAAUAUUUUGAAGUGUUGAUUAGUUCUUCAUGAAUUUAAACUGUUGUGUAAAACCAAACAAAAACUUCUUUCAGUUUUCUUCUGAAGAUUGAAAAAGAAACCCACAAAAUCACUUUGUAACUUGUUUACUUCUAAGUGUGUAGUAAAAUUAAAUGUAAAUACUUAGAAGUAAACAAGUUACAAAGUGAUUUUGUGGGUUUCUUUUUCAACUGUUGUGUAUGUCACCCUUAAGAUUAUUGUUCUGCUUUGUCAUGUUUAUAAAUGAGUGGAUUAAUAAGUUUGCACCAAAUUAAUGUUCUAAGUGUUAGUGAGUUUCUUUUAAUUAGAACAAUUGAACUGUCAUAUUUUUUUUUGUCUUGUUAGUUAGCUUAAAAGCUUGAGGUAUGUAUUUGUGAUCUUUUCUUGAAUUCUGGCAGUGGUUGCCAUACAUGGAUGUGUUUCGAGUGCCAAAGAAAAUAGAAAAGUGUUUUGUUAUUACAAAUACUAGAGGUAUAUGAUCAUUGAAAUUUAAUCUUAAAUAGCCUAGCUAAGACUUGUGUUGUAACAGUUGCAUUUAUAAUAGUGAUUUAGAGAUAAUUCUGGUGAUAAAGUGAUAACAGUGAUGACAAUAAGGUAAGAUGAGCAGUCUGUCUUUUGAUAAAGGCUAAAUAGUAAAUUGCAUAAGUGCUUUCCCUUACAGUAUUUAGAAGAUUGUAAAUAUAUUUAAUAACUCACACAAAACAUCCAAUUUAUUGAAAUUGAUUUUAUCAUCCAGUUUUUCACUGCAAGUUGGAAUGUGUAGCAAGAAUUUAUUCCCAUGUUAGUUCUGUGCACUUUUCAUUUAUACAUUUAUUAAAAUAACGUAUUUUUUAUCA